AUGUGGCAUCGCUGCCACCAUGCCAUGUGGGUCAGAUCUCCAGCCUGCGGACGGCGCAUAUGGUCAUCCGGCAAAGCCCAGUCCAGGGAGCUGGUAGCUGCCGGCCGCGAUGGCCAAUGGGCACACCUUCUUCAGAAUUUACACGAGCACCCCUGCCACGAAACAUACACUGCCGGAAUGGAAGCCUUCCGCAAAAGCUUACAUUGGGAGUGGUGCAUAUGGCUUCUCGCUGACAUGCACGUUCGAAGUGUCAGGGCACAAUCCGCGUAUGGUACUGCUGCAGCAGCCUGCAGCCGGCGUUCUCAGUGGCAGGCGGUUCUGGCGCUGAUGGACACGAUGCAAGGUUCUAACCUCAAGGUGGCAAGUGCUGCAAUCAGCGCCUGUGGGGGAGCGCAGCAGUGGCAGGUAGCCGUGCACCUCAUCCACAGCAUGGAGAGCCAGCUCUUGCUGCCUGACACCAUUGCCUGGAAUGCAGCCAUCACUGCCUGUAAGAAAGGCAGCCAAUGGCAGGGAGCGGUGGCACUUCUCCCGAUGAUGGUAGCCCAGAAACUCCGGCCAAGCCUGGUAACAUUUGCGGCACUUGUGGAGGCUUGUGGGCAUGGUUUGUUUUGGGACAGGGCCCUUGUGCUCCUGGAGGAAUCUUCGCGUAGCAUGCAGCCGGACAUUGUGCUCCUCAAUGCCACGGCUGCAGCCGUCGCGCGAGGUGCAAAGUGGGAGGCAGCACUGGCGGUCUACGCAGACACCCACCGCUUCUUCAAGCCGGACAUCAUCAUGGUCAACACAAUUCUGGCGGCAUUCGCGCAGACUUGGCGGUGGGAGGAGUCCUUGAGCAUGCUGCGUUCUACCAGGCGGCCAGACUCGAUCUCUUACAACACUGCGAUGAGCGCCUGCUUCCGAGCAAGCCGCUGGCAAUGUGUUUUCGAGCUGUACACGCAGAUGCUGGAAAAGAAGUUGAAUGUGCUCGACGGCACCUUCAACGCACUAUGCCGAGUAUUCGAGCACAACUCAUCCUGGCAGAGCUGCUUGCAAAUCCUGGAAGAAGCCUCCCUUGCAGGACCACAGCUGAGCCAGCUCACGCUUUCUGUGGUAGUGUCGGCCUGCCAGAAGUCGACAAAAUGGCACCAGGUGCUCCAACUGCUUGGAAUGAUGGAGGCUUCCGGCAUGGUGUUGGACGAUGUCUUUCAAGCCGCCGGCAUGACCAGCCACGUAUACAUGGGCGAUUUGGCAACAGCACUGGCUUGGUAUCGAGAGCGCCCGCUUCGUGGACUUCGACUGGGCGGUCGCAAGGCUGGAGCUGGAUGGUUCGAGCACGGCCGCCGCUGGGGACACCUGGACCUGCAUGGUCUGCAGCCGGAGGAGGCACGCCUGGCAGUCUGCUGUGCUUUGUUGGACGCCACGAUGGUGAAGCCUGGCAUGCUGCCGUCCUGGGGCCUUGUCCUGGUGACGGGGCGCGGGAACCACUCCGAAGGUGAGUCGGUGGUGCGGCCGGCAGUUCUGCAGCUGCUCAAAGAACUCGGCUUGGCAGCAAGAGUGGAUCCGUACAACGAAGGGCGAGUAGUACUUCCUGCACGCGAGUUGCUGACCUUCAUUUGCACGGCUGAAAACCGCCGCAGACGGAUCGGAUGGACACUCUGA